AUGUUUCCACAAUCAGGGAAAUCCAUCGUCUUCGACAACUUCCCAGAUCCCACUGACACCUGGGAAAUCAUCGAGACCAUCGGGAAGGGGACGUACGGAAAAGUCUACAAGGUUCUCAACAAAAAAGAUGGAAGCAAAGCAGCCGUGAAGAUACUAGAUCCCAUCCAUGACAUUGAUGAGGAGAUAGAAGCAGAGUACAACAUCCUCAAAGCUUUGUCCGACCACACCAAUGUCGUCAAGUUUUUCGGGAUGUACUACAUGAAGGAUAAGAAAUGUGGAGACCAGUUGUGGCUCGUGCUGGAGCUUUGCAAUGGCGGCUCGGUGACGGAUCUGGCCAAAGGCAUGCUGAGGAGAGGGGACCGGAUGGACGAAGCCAUUAUUGCCUACAUCGUGCACGAGGCCCUCAUGGGUCUCCAGCACCUGCACGUCAACAAGACCAUCCACCGAGACGUCAAGGGAAACAACAUCCUGCUGACCACGCACGCAGGCGUCAAACUUGUGGAUUUUGGUGUCUCGGCCCAGCUGACCAACGCCCGUCUGAGGAGGAACACCUCGGUUGGAACUCCCUUCUGGAUGGCUCCCGAGGUGAUAGCCUGUGAGCAGCAGCUGGACUCCACCUACGAUGCUCGUUGUGAUGUUUGGUCGCUGGGCAUCACCGCCAUCGAGCUGGGAGACGGAGACCCGCCCCUCUCGGAACUCCAUCCAAUGAGAGCUCUUUUCAAGAUACCCAGGUGA